AUGGCAGACACUGCUGCAGAUUACUAUGAAAAAUUAUUGGAAGCACCUAUAGUAAUUCGUCCGCACCCUUAUGUCGAUGCUCCUUUUAUGCAAUGGGAGAAUGAAGCCGAAUUAAUUCCAACUGUCACUUAUCCAGAAAUACUAAACAUACUACGUUCAAGAAAGAAAAAACAAUCUCUUGAUAUACACGGACUUUCUCCAUUUAUACUUGAUAAAAUACCUAAAAAUUACUGGCAUCUCCUGGUUCAACUGUAUAAUUACUCUUUUAGUGAAGGUUACAUAUUAAACAAAUUUAAAGAAGUAAGAAUGAUUCUUUUGGCAAAGAAAAAUGCGAUCUGUAUACCGGACCAAACUAGACCAAUAUCACUGCUCGACUCCUUUCUGAAGGUACAAGAAAAAUUAUUUCAUUGUCGAUUUUUAAAAAUCUUAAAAGAUCGUGGUAUUCUGCCUGACAAUCAGUCGGGUUUUCGAGCCGGAUUUAGAUUACAAACACGUGUAUUACUCCUCAUUGAUCAAAUCUCAUCGUAUAUGUCAAACAGCUCUCCGACAACGACGGUCUUCGUCGAUUUUAAGUCAGCAUUUGACCAGUUGUGGUUCGAGGGAUGUUUGGGUAAACUAGCUAGAAUUGGAAUUCCGACUGCCUAUGUUAAUUGGAUUCGAGCGUGGCUUAACGAUCGUAAAGCAGUUAUUGAGGUAAAAGGUAAAAGAUCAAGAUGGAUCAAAAUUCAUCGUGGUUGUCCUCAAGGCUCGAGUUUCUCUCCCACGUUAUUUAUCACAUACCACAGCGAUAUGGCUGAUUAUUUACCAGGUGCAAUGUCAUUCUUCUUUGCUGAUGAUCUCGCCGCUGUACUUGCCGGUCAAAUCGGAAUCCGAUUUACAAAUCAAUGCAUCGAUCUAGAAUACCGUUUACAAAAUUUUCUCGAUCAACUUGAACUCUAUUCAAUCCUAUCUGUGCAGCCGGUCAAUUAUAGUAAAACACAAGCUAUGUUCUCUGCGAGAGCUGUUAGUUAUCCAAAUCCAUUACCUCAGGUUCACUGCGGGGAUCACAGCUUGGAAUGGAUCACCGCUUUUAAGUACCUUGGUUAUUGGCUGUCGACCAAGUUAGGCUGGGGUAGUAUCAUUCGUAAGACCACCUUAAUCGUUCAUAUUAUAUGUGAUUAUUAUAUGGAACAAUUAUUAAAAUCUUGUUAUUGUGGUACAUAUGAAUUAGCUUAUACAGGUUUUCUUAUUAUUUGUGAACAACUUUGGAGUUCAAAUUGUAAUGAAUUUUGUAAUUUAACAAUAAAAAUGGAAUAA